AUGGCAGAGGGAAACAACAAUGAAGAGGUAAUUCACUUGAACAACUUUCACUGCCACCGGGGACAAGACUGGAUCAAUCUCAGAGAUGGACCCAUCACCAUAUCUGACUCCUCUGAUGAGGAAGGGGUUCCCAUGCUGGUCACCCCAGCUCCUCAGCAACACGACGAAGAGGACCUGGAUGAUGAUGUCAUCCUGACGGAAACAAAUAAACCUCAGACAUCACGACCCAAUCUCAUCAAACCAGCUGCCCAGUGGCAAGAUCUCAAAAGAUUGGGAGAAGAAAGGCCUAAAAAGUCUAGAGCAGCCUUUGAAUCAGAUAAGAACGGCUAUUUUUCAGUGUGUAACAGCUCAUUGUUUGAUUCUGGGGCACAGGAUGAUUCUGAAGAUGACUACGGUGAAUUUCUGGAUCUUGGGCCUCCUGGAGUUUCUGAAUUCAUUAAGCCAAGUGGCCAAACAGAAAGAGAACCCAAACCUGGACCAAGUCAUAACCAAGUAGCAAAUGACAUUGUCAACCCCAGAUCAGAGCAGAAAAUCGUUAUCUUGGAAGAACGUGGCCUUCUUUUACCAGAAGGUGAUCCUUUGGACUCUCAGAACCAGUCAUCUGAUUCAGAAACAGAGCUUUUAUCAAACUUUGGAGAAUCACCUGGUAUCCUGGAUGAUCAGGUCAUCGAAGAAGGCUGCUGGUUAGACCAUCGUUACUUCCAGUCCCUAAACCAGCAGCCCCGGGAGAUAACAAACCAGGUGGUUCCUCAGGAGCGGCAGCAGCCCGAAGCAGAACCAGGCCCAUUGUUGUAUCAGCGUGAGCCCCCAGGGCUGGCUUUUCCAAGGCCGGCUUUUCCAAGACCCGAACCCCAGCAGGAUGGGAUUCCGGGCCCCUCCUCUCCGCAGCCUGGCCAUCCUCUGGGAGAGCUUGAAGACCAGCAGUUAGCAAUAGAUGAUGAGGAGCCCGGGCCAGCCUUUCCACUACAAGGAUCUCAGGAGCCCAAUUUGGAAAACCUUUGGGGGCACGAAGCUACUGAGGUAGAUCAAGAACUCGUUGCACUUUUAGUGAAAGAAACAGAAGCGAGAUUUCCAGAUGUUGCAAAUGGGUAUGUUGAGGAGAUAAUUCAUUUGAAGAAUUAUUAUGAUUUGAAUGUACUUUGUAAUUUUCUUCUGGAAAAUCCAGAUUAUCCAAAGAGGGAAGACAGAGUCAUUAUCAACCCCAGUAGCAGCCUGCUUGCCAGCCAAGAUGAGACCAAGUUGCCUAAACUAGACUUUUUUGACUAUUCUAAAUUGGCUCCUCUUGACCAGCGCUGCUUCAUCCAAGCUGCUGACCUCCUGAUGGCCGACUUCAAAAUGCUCAGCAGUCAGGACAUCAAGUGGGCCCUGCAUGAGCUCAAAGGACACUAUGCAAUCACCCGAAAGGCCUUUUCUGAUGCCAUUAAAAAAUGGCAGGAGCUAUCACCAGAAACCAGUGGAAAAAGAAAAAAGAGAAAAGAAAUGAAUCAGUAUUCUUACAUAGAUUUCAAGUUUGAACAAGGUGACAUAAAAAUAGAAAAGAGGAUGUUCUUUCUGGAAAAUAAGCGGCGACAUUGUAGGUCCUAUGACCGGCGUGCCCUUCUUCCAGCUGUGCAGCAAGAGCAGGAGUUCUAUGAGCAGAAAAUCAAGGAAAUGGCAGAGCAUGAAGACUUUCUGCUUGCCCUGCAGAUGAAUGAAGAACAGUAUCAAAAGGACGGCCAGCUGAUCGAGUGCCGCUGCUGCUACGGGGAGUUUCCGUUUGAGGAGCUGACGCAGUGUGCGGACGCGCACUUGUUCUGCAAAGAGUGUCUCAUCAGAUACGCCCAAGAGGCCGUCUUCGGAUCUGGGAAGUCAGAGCUCAGCUGCAUGGAGGGCAGUUGCACGUGUUCAUUCCCAGCCAGCGAACUGGAGAAGGUGCUUCCCCAGACCGUCCUGUAUAAGUACUACGAACGGAAAGCGGAAGAAGAAGUGGCCGCCGCUUACGCCGAUGAGCUUGUCAGGUGCCCCUCCUGUAGCUUUCCGGCCCUGUUGGACAGCGACGUGAAGAGGUUCAGCUGUCCCAAUCCUCGCUGCCGAAAGGAAACCUGUAGGAAGUGUCAGGGACUCUGGAAGGAGCACAAUGGCCUCACCUGUGAAGAGCUGGCAGAGAAAGAUGACAUCAAGUACCGAACGUCUAUUGAGGAAAAAAUGACAGCAGCCCGCAUCAGGAAAUGCCACAAGUGUGGGACCGGCCUCAUCAAAUCCGAAGGCUGCAACCGCAUGUCUUGCCGCUGUGGCGCCCAAAUGUGCUACCUCUGUCGAGUGUCCAUCAGCGGCUAUGACCAUUUCUGCCAGCAUCCUCGCUCACCGGGAGCUCCUUGCCAGGAGUGUUCAAGAUGCUCUCUCUGGACCGACCCCACCGAAGACGAUGAGAAGCUAAUUGAGGAGAUCCAGAAGGAGGCUGAAGAAGAGCAGAAGAGAAAGAACGGAGAGAACACCUUCAAACGCAUCGGGCCCCCCUUGGAGAAGCCUCCAGAGAAAGUCCAGCGGAUCGAAGCCCUGCCGAGGCCCGUCCCGCAGAACCUGCACCAGCCACAGAUCCCACCCUACGCCUUCGUGCACCCACCCUUCCCUCUGCCGCCCGUCCGGCCCGUGUUCAACAACUUCCCCCUCAACAUGGGCCCCGUCCCGGCGCCCUACGUGCCCCCCCUGCCCAACGUGCGCGUCAACUAUGACUUCGCGCCCGUCCACGUGCCGCUGGAGCACAACCUGCCCAUGCACUUCGGCCCCCAGCCACGGCGCCGCUUCUGA